AUGGAAUCGGCAGAUUCAAUACAUCUGGGUGGGCAAAUGCACAGUCCCAAGUACAUUCAAGAAUCUCCCACUUUUUCCAAACCAGUGCCCAAACCGUUUUCCCUGACUAUGCCAGCGGUCCUGAAGGAGCGCCAAUCGUCAGCUAACAACUCUUUCAACUCUGAAACCUCGUCAGUAUUGAGCAGCUCGUCCACUUUGGUGGAUGAAAAAAUCAUGCAACAACAGCACCUCCAUUUGCCAGACAAAAGGUACUCGGUAGAUGCCAUCACCGAAAGCUCGUGUGCAUUCCAACCUGUUUCCUCAUCACCAACAGUUGCAACUUCUGCUGCCGCUGCUGCUGCUGCUGUUUCGGCCGGCACAGCUGAUACGGCUGUGACGACGCCAAAAUCAAGCAUGGUUUCAACUCCAAAUCCACUAUCCACCCACAGAUCUUCUGCUUCUUGCACAUUUGCAAAUCCACGUAGAAUAGCCAUGAAAUGCAACAGCUCCCCAGUGAUACCGAUCAUCAGGUCUAAGGAAAUGCGGUUCAGAAACCAUAAAGAUUGCUCGCUCAUUUCUUCUGAAGAGUUUCACACCCUCUUUAACAAAAUAGACAAUGAAAACGAAAUACUCAUCAUAUUCGAUACAAGACCUUACGUUGACUACGCAAAAUCACAUAUAGCCUCAGCGCUACAUUUAAGCCUACCUUCCACUUUGCUCAAAAGAAAAAACUUCAACCUGGAAAGACUCAUCGGGAACUUGCCAGCACCAGCAAAGGAAACACUAGCAGAAUAUUUACUCGGUUCCUCGCCUGAUCAAAAAUUCAACUCCACUGUUGUCAUCUACGAUAAUGUUCCAAACCAAACAGAUACAUCCGUCUCGCUCGCUUGCUUCGGUAUCUCUUCCAAAAUCCUAGAUCACGAGUCGCAGAAUCACCAAAAACCAUCCGUUUACGUUUUAGCAGACGGCUUUGACGAGUUCAAUAAACAAUUCCCGCAGGACGUCGAAAUUGGCCCUGGCGACCUCCUGGACCCUACAUGUUCCUCAACUGACUCGAUCGACUCGCCUCAGCCGCUGUCGGCAACCUCUCCAGUGCAGCCGCAUACAAAACUGUUUGGCAGGUCCCAGUCUCAUUCGGCUUCUCCUCUGCAUCAACCACCACAAUUGACUAGCUCAAGAACUUUCUCGGGCUCGCCAGUAUCGGCGUCUUCCCCACUUUCUUCGUUAUUCGGAUUCACUUUACCAACGAACUUAUCCAAUCAACAACAGCCCACGUUCAAACUAUCACAAAUAGAGCAGGAUAUCUCCGAUUUGGAUAGUUACGUAAAGGCGGUUGAAAUCAACGAACGCUCCCAAAGAAACUCAUUCCUCGAAUCAGAAAGGACUCUCCGCUCGUUCAAAUUCCCCACUACGGACUCGUCGUCAGCCAACACUACUACUGACAAUGGGGAUUCCAGGUCAAUAAACUCUCCUCCUCCAAAAAGACUUUUUGAUACCCAUUCCCAUAAAAAAUCACUAUCUCCUUCGAGCUCUGUGGAUCUUACCAGCAGUGCUUAUGACACUUCCAAAUUAACAUUCCAAGUAAAGUUUGACAGCCUAUUUAACAAGUUUGACUCAACAGAAAUAUCUAAGGUUAUACCGCCUUGGUUUUGCAAACUAAUGACUACACCAAAACUACAAUUUAUUUCGAAAUUCCAAAGGCUCGAGAUGCUCGAGAGGAAAAGAUUGCACCGGCUACUUGGCUCUUUUUCCUCUGCUACUCUGCUAAAUGGAAAUGGUAGUUCUUCUUCUAUAUCUUCCUCCACGAUGUCUCACGCUAAUCAGACCUCCUGUGAAGAGGAUGAUGAUUCUGAUGAGAAUUUGCAAAGUAUUACCAUCUCUUCAGGUGUCGAAUUCGGAACCAAAAACCGUUAUAAAGAUAUAUUCCCAUAUGAACACACUAGGGUCAAGCUUUCACAUUACAAUCUAAAUUCUGGUAAAUACGGAAAUUCGCCAGGACAUUCCCCAACUAACUCCCACGAUGGAAGUAGCUCCGAUGUACCUCAAAAGAAUCAAGAGGAAGAACAAGAGGAUAUUUGGAACACGUAUAUUAAUGCCAAUUACCUAGUAAACCCUUACGAUGAAAUUAAGAAAACUACAGCAGAGCCUUCACCAUUCAAAUCCGUUCGUUAUAUUGCCACACAGGCCCCCUUAAAGGAUACAAUCUCAGAUUUCUACACUUGUAUCCUAAAUAAUAAUGUUCCUUUAAUAUUAACAUUAACGGACGAGUAUGAAAAUGGUGUUGAAAAAUGUUGCAAAUUCUGGGCUGAUGGAACUUAUGAUGGGAUUAAGGUUGAAUUGUUGGACGAGUAUAGUACUCUACAAUGUGGAAAACCAGUUGGAAAGGAAAUGAAUCCCGAGGAAGAUAUGUUCGCCUCAAAAUUCUUGAAGCACUUGAAUCUAAACCAAGAUUCCCAUAAGUCAUCUAAUUCUGAUAUUAUAAUCCGCAGAAUUCAACUUACUUACAAUAAUGGAGAGAGCAAAUUCCAGCUAUUACAACUUCAGAUUAGAGAUUGGCCAGAUUUAGGAACAUUACUCAAACCUAAUGAAAUUUUACAGCUCAUUAACUUGAAGAACUUUAUUAUAGAUAAAUUAUUUGUUCAAGAGGUCUUCAAUCCUGAUUACAUCACAACAGUUCUUGUUCACUGUUCUGCAGGAUGUGGCAGAACAGGAACUUUGUGUGCUGUUGACUCUGUUUUAUCGAACUUAGCGAAGUUUAAAGACAACGAUUCAAUGGAUCUAUCAGGGAACCUAUCUGGCUCUAUUACUCCUGAAGUAUCUCCAACCACCUCUAAAUGUUCGCCAUUGUCUAGUAACAAAACUUCCAAUAAUAUCCAGUGCAAUAAUCACAGCAUUGCGUCUAAUAAACUUAACUUUAACUCGGUAUUUGACCCAAUCGCUACAACUGUCAAUCAAUUCAGAAGACAACGUAUAUCAAUGGUUCAGAAUAUUAACCAGUACCUUUUCAUCUACGAUUGCUUGUUAUUUUAUUUCACCUUAAACCUAGAGACCUCUAUGGUUGGUGGUAAAAGGGUUAGCAAUUGGAAUCGCAUGACAAAGGAAAACUCCAAGCUGGAUAUAUUGAGCUCUUUUAUUGAGGACAAAGUAAACGAAUCUAGAACUUUCUAA